CUGUCAGCUGAGUGGUAAUAAACUGUGGUGAGACUUCAGGGGAUAAUCCAAAUAAAGUGUGUAUGUAUGUGCGUAGUUUAAGAGAAGGUAUAAAAGGAACGUUUUUGUAUAUGUACGUCAGAGCUCUCGCCAAUAAAAUUGUAUCUGACUAUUGUGAGAUGGGAAUUAUGUCUGUUUCAUUUAAACCAGAGCUUUACAAUCUCUGGGGUUCAGACCUAAAAAGAGAAUUGCAAUUUAUGAACAUUAAUUACUAAAUUAAUUAACAAUUAGUACUAAACCUGUUUCAUAGCCUAUUGUUUAUAGACUCAUAGGUAACCUAUUGUCUGUUGGGUUUUUUACAGAGGAGGAAGAGAGCCCAGAUGAAGAAAUAACCAGCCCUAAACAGAAGGCCUAUAAGAGGACAGUGAGUGUGGGGAGCAAGGAGGCCAGUCGAGGGGGGGUGAUGGGAGAGGGGGACCAGGUCCAGAGCAGGCUGGAGAGGAUCUGGACACUCCUCUGCCUGCCCGACACCUACAGACUGGACAUGGCCAUCAAGUAUAGCUCCCACGCACGCAGGGACCAGCUGGAGGAGGCCAUGGCAGCAUGGGCACGCGCUGCCCGUCUCAUCCAGCAGAGGGAGUCUCUGCUGGCUCGUCUGGAGCUGUUUGAGAGGGACGCUUCUGACCCCAACCGCUUCUUCCUGCAAGGCUACCAGGGCACCUCUCUAGCCAGGUUGGAUGAGUCCAAGCACCGGAACAAACUCAACUCCCAGAUCUGUUCUCUGGAGAAGGUGUUGUCUAAGAUUCUCCACCACAUUACAGACAGCUUCCACCACUGUCACCUACAAGGGGAGGCCGUACAGGGAGAAGAUGUGCUGGGACCACAUCGAGAUGCUCUACUGGCUGCAGCAGGAGCGCCGGGUCCAGGCUCUGGAGAGGGUGGUGGAGGGGAGGGGCUCUCUUCUCACCAGACUGCCCCCCCUCAACCCCAACCUUCGGCUGUACCCAGGCACCCACCCCACCCCCAAGGACACACCCCGACCCUCAGCCAGAGACCCCACCCUCACACACACAGCCGCUCCAACCCAACCCAGCCGAGCUCAGUGUAUCCAGUAUAAGUUUGAACGUUGUAAGCAAAUUAAUAAAAUGCUUGGGAAAUUG